GCAAUAAUCCGGUCUCUGUGUUGAUUUGAAAAAACUCCCCAAGAACCCUAAAAAAACUCUAAGCGCACCAGAUCUGAUUCAUCAUCGCUUUUAGACCAAUACUUGCUUGAUUCCGCCCUUGUUUUCUCCAGCACUCUCUUCUUAACUCGAUCACAUUCCCCUCCGUCUCCAUCGCUCCUUGGUUGGGUUUUAACCUCUCUUGGGGAGCUCCUACACUGAAAUUCCUCUAUUCGUUUCAUCGACAUCUGAGAAAAGGGAAGACCAUGGCGAACACAAUUGUUCGCGGGCAGAUGAUCUUCCAGGACGAGAAUGCAUUGGCUCUUGGAAAGAAGGCUGUUGCUGCGGGAAAAGGCAAGAGUUCCCUCGCAGGUCCAAAGAAAAAUGGGGCCGGUUUUGGAAGUCGCAAGGCUCUGCAUGAUAUUACAAACAAGUCAAAGUUGAAACCUCAAGCUUCUUCCAAGGCGAAGAAGAAUCCCGAGGGAGUGGACUUUGACAUAGCAAAGGAAGGUUUCUUGCAUGAUCACCGCAAAUGCGUUGAAGAACAACAACAAAACCAGUGGGACAGUUACUUCUCUGAACACAUUAUCCUUCAUGGACAUGAUACCAACAUCAAGGAAGGGAUUACUGAAUACGACAUUAAAGAGGUGGAUGACAAAAGCAGUAACACUUGGGAUGAACUCAAGGAGAUACCAAUGGAGGAGUUCUCCGACUUGCUGGAAUGCUCAACUCAGUGGCGCUCACCAUCAGACUCGCCCAUCCAUUACCAUUCUUCUUUACCUUCAUCGCCUUGGCCAUGGCAAUUUGAAACUGUAGAUUUCAAGCUCAAGGAAGAUGAAGACACAACCUGAGUUCCAGCUUCGAUUCUUGUUGGAUUUUUACUUUGUAGUAAUUUUUCAGUUCCCAGAUGUUAUGAUGUGUCUACAAAUCUGCUCCAAAACCCCUUCAUUACUAAGUAUUGUUUGUAGAGAGUAAAAACAAUAUAUGCUUGUAGCAUUUACAGUA